CAAUACCUCACAGUGGCUCUUGGUCUCGAGGACAAAUGCGGUGGAAUUCCGAAACAGUUCCAGAUAAAGCCCUCCAACUUAAAGAUGUCUUCCUCACCUCCAUCACCAGCGGGAGACCACUGGUCUGUUAGCGCCCCGUGGGUGUUCAGAAACACGGAGUACAAAGUAGCAGCAGACGUGAGAGAGGAUGUACUAAUUGUGCAAGUAGAGGAUUGCCUAGCAGCAGACCAAUGGACUGGACACUUUGACUCCAAACAUGUGGAGGAGCUGACCAGAAAGACUGGAAAUUAUAAACAGUUUCCGAUAUUUCUGAAUAUGUUGGAGUCUGCAAUUACUAAAUCCUCCGACUCUGUGACCCUUGACCUUUUGACAUAUGCUGAUUUGGAGUCACUACGUAAUAAGAAGCAUGGAAAUGGGCGUGGCACUUCCCCUAGCCACAAGCAAACACAGAGCAAGCGAUAUCUCAUCCUCACUUACAGUGUUGAGUUCGACAGGAUCCACUACCCGUUAGCUCUGCCGUACAGUGGUCGUCCUGACCCCACCCACUUGCAAGAGACCAUCAGACGAUUGCAGACUCAGCUGGAGAAAGCCAAGAGACAGGCACACAGCCACAAGCACACUGACUUGACUCAACUAAAGAGAGAAUACGAGGCUUUGGCUAGAGAGAAGGAUGAGCUGGAGGAAGCUUUGGAGAGCAUCAAACAAGAUGUGAUGUUAACCAGAGGCGGUGGUUCUAGCAAGGAGGUUCGAUUCAUGAAGAAAGUUAUCAAGAACAUGGAGGAGCAGCUCUUGAAUGAGAGGACCAAACACCAGAGACUGGUGAGCAAGAAGAAUGAAGAGUUGAAGAACUUACUACAAGAGCUUGAACAGUUGAAACUAUCAGAGAGGUCUCUUCGCACUCGAGUCAAGAGUCUUAACAAUGAGCUAACUUUUCUCAAACAUGGCCUGAGGACAACACCUGGUACCCACAGUAAGGCCAACAAGAAGAGACGCUCCACCUCCAUUGAGAGAAAGACGCCGCGUAACUCUGUGGAGAGAUUGCAGAGAAGGGCACCGCGUAACUCAGUGGAGAGGUCAGUGGAGAGAUCAGUGGAGAGGAGGACCAUGCGUACACCUUCCCCUAAUGGAGGGUCUAGAGUACCGAGGUUUGAUCCAACAGCUUAUGUGAAGAGCAAAAAAAAGAAACAAAGAGAUGCCGAUGUCAAACUGGGGAGAUUGAGGGUGUGUGUGAGGAACAGGCCACCUCGCUCCCUCUCCAGAGAGAGGCGUGGCAGUGCUACCAGACCACUCUCCAACAGUCGUGAUUCCAGUAGACGAUCUUCUGUGAGCAGUGUACAGAGUAACAUGAGCAGCGAGAGGGGGGUAGGCUCCAGGGGGAGGAGACUAGCAUGGGAGAGCCCUCAAAACACAUCUGGUUGUGCCAAGAGGACCUCUUCAAAAAACACGAGCUUGUUAGAGCACUCUGUUGAGAUCUCUGACAUCGAUGCCAGACUGACUGCACUACAGGAGUUCAUGAAGCGCUCUUUAGAAUCACCAAGAAAUCACACAAAGAGAUAACAGGCUGGCUCUACAUAUAUAAACUUUGCAAACACAGUAUAAAACCUUAUUACUAUUGACUGUUUUUAUAUAUUAUUAUCCUUUUGACUUUUGCUGUAGCAAUCCUGUGUCUUCUAUCUGGUGUAUCUUUCUCUUGACAAUGUUCAUUUCUCUAUCCAACAAUUUCAAUUUAUUGUUUAACUUUGAAA